AUGACCCACCACAAUGCAAAUGAUGACCAGGAGGUUGAGCGCCCGACGCAUUUCAAGGAUGUGUUUGGCACUACCAAGGAUUCGUGUCCUGCGGGUUCAAUGUCCGCGGCUGAUAACGGAUUAAAUACGGCUAACGUUGACGUGAGCGAGAGCCGCCGGCCGUCUGUAGUUAUGCCGCCCAUUGACGCCGGCGUCGUGCGCCGCACCCGCAAGACCCCUGGCGCUGGAGCACCUGGCGCAGGCGCUGGAGCGCAGGUCUCUACCCGCGCAGCCUCCCCUGUCGACGCCGCCUCUGCCGCCUCCACUUUGACUCCCAUCAGAUCCAAGAUCUCCAAAAUAUCCUCUUCAAAGAUAGGCGCCGGCAAGAUACCGUCAUCUGUUUCUGGCGCCAUCCAGUUCGCCUCGCCCUUUGGCGCAUACCCGGCCGGCCGCGUGUGCAAAAUACGCGGCGCCUCGUUGGUGUCGCGCCGGCGCCACUACCGCUCGCGGUCGCUUCCCAACAUCUGGCUUUCGUUGUCUGAAUUCUCUGCGGCAUCGGCCACUGCGCCUGCGUGCGCACCCUCUGUGGUUGCCGCCGACACCGGCGCAUCGCUAGCGCAUCGCCACCACCACCACCGCCACCAUCGCGCCAGUAGCCGAAGAAGCCGGCGCAUGGCUGCACACACCGCAUACCAGAAACCGGAGUCCUUGGACGGCCGGCGCGCACCGGCGCUGGAUGGCGCAUCCCCUGCGGCUACCGCAUCCGCAACUGCAACCGCAGCCGGCGCCGCUACAGCUGCAUCCCCUUGCUUUGCGCCACUUUCGCCAGCGCAGGUGCAGCAGGCGCAGCGCCAGCUCCUGAUGCCACCUGUGAACCUGCAAUCAAUGCACGAGAUAGACCUUCACGAGGUGCUCAAGAACCCGCAGCUGCGCCACGACAUCUUGUUUGACCCGCAGCUGCAGUUUAGGCCAAACCUAGAUGGGGAGCGCGGCCGGCGCAAGAAGCUGCAGGCCGAAAACUACUGGCGCUUCAUCAAGCGCGAGAUUCGCGCCCUGCUGGCCGGCUCCUACCGCCUGCGCUACAGCUCGCGUAACCUGGAAAACUCGCCUAUUGGCGUCAUGUUCCAGGCGCUAAAGAGUAUUCUUCUCAGUUUGGUCUCCGCAAAGGAUCAGGCGACCGUUGAGUCGGCGCUCGACAUCAAAAUCUUGAUGCAGCAGCUUGCCGGCCAGUGCUUUGACUUUCUUGCGUUUGCCGACUGGAUUGCGGGCGCAUUGAAGAUGCACUGCGCACCGAUGCGCGACGCGUGGGUGGACAAGAUGAAGCGGACGUUCCACGGCGCGGUGAGCGCGCCUAGCGCACCCAGCGCACCUAGCGCAGGCGCACCCGGCGCAGACGUCGACGGCUUGGUAGAUGGACUCAGAAUGCUCUUCUCCAUACUCGAGGCAAUGAAGUUGGACGUGGCAAAUCACCAAAUCCGCAUCCUCCGCCCCCUCUUGUGCUCAACAGCAGUCUCCUUUGAAAGAGAAUACUUCAUGAAUGCGAUGAAAAAGGGGCGCUUCAGCCUGAUGAUGGCGCUCCUCUGGUUUAGGCGAAACAGCAUAAUGUGCCACUCACGUGACACAAAGCACGUGCUCGACUUCGCCGUCGUCCAUCUUCUCUCAUGCUCGCACAUGUGCACCGAGUUCCCCAACACGCUCGGAUUCGACCAUCCGCGCCUUGUUGUGCUGCGCGCGGACAUCCGGCACCUUGUUUGCACGAAAGUGUGCGAGAUCUUGUACAAGCAGAUGGUGCGGGAGAAUUGCCCCGGCAAGAUUGCCGAAAAGUGCUCGGAGGCGGAGUUGGUUGCCCUCAAAAAGGAGAUUCUCAGUCUCAUUGUGGACGAGAAGGGCAACUCUAAGUGGACCAGGAACUUGCACAGCCUCGCGGUGCAUUUCGUCAGCCGUGCGUGUGGAGACCUCGACUCGAAGAAGAUCGACUUUUGCUUUAACUGGCUUUUGACCCAGACACAGCCUUCUUCUACCGUGUACAAACUCCUUGAGCAGAAGAUCAUGGUCCGGAUUCUCGAUGCCUUGGACCAGAAUUCCGUCGUCCAGGUCCAGGGCGACUGCAUGGUGGAUGAGGAGCUCAAAAAUGUCGUCGAAAGACUUGCCCAGCUCAUCAACUUGAACUACAGCGUUUUUGGCGACUUUUAUGCGGGCUAUCUCAAAUGA